AUGGGAAAUACGAAAGCUGGGCUUCUCGAACCUUCUGAAAAGGACCGUGAGAGGACAAUUCAAAAUUCUGCGUCAAGUUCUUUCCAAGUAGACCUAGACGAUGCUGAAAAACCUCAACAUCUACCAAAUCCCAGGAAGUGGGUCGCAGUGAUCGUCAUCAGUUCCGCAGCCUCAUGUGUAACUUGUGCAUCCUCGAUGGCAGGGUUCGCGGAGAAAGGGGUCUCGCGCGACUUCAACGUCAGCCAAGAGGUGGCGAUACUGUCCAUUAGUCUUUUCAUUGUUGGACUGGGAAUAGGGCCUUUGCUUUUCGGACCCCUGUCAGAAGUUUACGGUCGGAAUGCAGUAUACAGAGUUUCAUAUGCUCUCUUUUUCAUUUUCACCUUUCCGGUCGCAUUCGCCCCACACGUAGGCAAGUCCCUUUCUGUAUUUUUAAUUUUUCGAUUUAUGAGCGGGUUCUGUGGGUCUGCCUUCCUUAGUGUGGCUGGUGGAAGUGUCAGUGAUCUAUUUGACGAUCACACUGUUGCAAGCCCUAUGGCCGUUUACACGAUCUCUCCAUUCAUUGGACCGGUUCUUGGACCACUUCUCAGUGGGUUUAUCAAUCAGAAUCUUCAAUGGCGAUGGACAUAUUACAUAUUGCUUAUCUGGUCUGGGCUUGAACUCGUCGCGCUCAUUUUGCUAGUGCCGGAAACCUACGUCCCGCUGAUUGUGAAACGAAAGGCAAUCAGGCUUCGCUCAGAAGGAGAAUCGCGAUACUGGGCACCUCUAGAACGACAAGAAACAAAUUUAUCAAGAGCUAUUAUGAUUUCAUGCUAUAGACCAUUCCAAUUACUUUUGUUCGAUCAAAUGGCGUUGCUGCUAGAUUUAUGGAAUGCUGUGAUACUCGGGAUAUUAUAUCUCAGUUUCCAGGCCUUCCCUUUCAUUUUUGGGGAUGUGCAUGGAUUCAAUACACAGGAGACGGGGAUGUCAUUCUUGGGUAUCGGUCUCGGAAUGAUAAUUGGUUUAUCUACUCAACCAUUCUGGAAUAGGCUUUACAAACUUGAGGCAGAGAGGAAUGAAGGUCGCCUUCCACCCGAGGCACGCCUGAUCAUGGGCAAAUUUGGAGGGAUAUUGGUACCCAUCGGUCUUUUCUGGUUGGCAUUCACCACAUACAAAGCCGUUCAUUGGAUUGUGCCUAUUAUCGCAUCCGUGCCUUUUGGCACUGGGAUAUACUUUGUCUUUACAUCAACGUUCUCAUACAUGGUGACCGCAUAUAGACCUAUAGCAGCGUCAGCUAUGGCUGCCAAUAGUGCAAUGCGCUCGUCAUUCGCGGCCGUGUUUCCACUAUUCGCAGGAGCUAUGUACCAUCGACUGGGCACUGUUGGGGCAACUGCUCUUCUCGCUGGAUUGAUGGCGCUUAUGACCCCAUUACCAUUCGUGUUCUAUCGCAUUGGGGCUGACCUUAGACGAAAAUCACGAUUCGCAUAUCAUGACCAAUAA